AUGUCUGGCAACUUCAAGAUUCUACUAUUUUCAAUACUGGUGUUCAACGGAUGUUCGAUACGGAUAGGAUUGAUUACGAGUCAUCACUUGGAACAUUCUGUGCGUACUGCGGUGAAUAUCAUUGUUCCUCGGAUAAAUGAGCAGAUUGUGAAGACUCGAGGAGCUUGUUUUAUCACUCAUACAUCAUUUAUUGUUUUACGAAACUUGCAUGAUGACUUGAAUGAAAGAAUAUGCGGACUCGCAAAAUCGGAAGUGUCGGUGAUAAUUGGAGUGGUGGAUAGAGAAACUGGUUCAAUUAUUGAAGAGCAGUGUGCAGAGCUCAACAUUCUCUUCAUACACUAUUAUUGGACACCGGGUUAUCAAAAAAAGCAACAGACGUCACUGAAUCUCUACCCAUCCAUGGAGUAUUCACAAUUAAUGGAAAGACUCAUCAAUCUUUGGCGUUGGGAUAACUUUGUCUAUAUUUAUUCGAACUAUGACGCACCGAAACAACUCAUUGAAACUUUGUCUCGUCUGGAAAAGAGUCCGGCAUUGCUUCGAGCACACACUUUGGAUGAUAGCAUGAUGGCUACUGCGUUAGCUUUACGAGAUACUUGUGACAGAAAUCGAUGUUGGCCAAAGAAAAACCGUGUGCUGAUAGAACUGAGUCCAAACGAAACUUUGACAUUUUUCGAUGCAUCGUUGAAACUCGGAAUGAUAAGUGUGCAUAAUUGGUUCCUGAUAACUGCACUGGACGAUUUGAAGGAUCACUUAUCGCAGUACACUCACAACGGGAUGCGAGUUUCUCUACUGACAGUGUCAAAAGAGAAAUGGAAUCAGAAUGAUUUGGCAGUGAAGCUUCCGGAUAUGUACCAGGAGUACUUGGCUCACAUACCAUCAAAUCCUCGGACCCCAUUUAAAGACUUCGCCUUUAUUUUUGACUCGAUUCUUCUUGCUUGUCACUCGGGAGAACGAAGAAUCAAGUCAUGUGGAGAGAAUGAUCCAGUUCAGAAGUAUAAAUUGCCCAUCGUCAAGCCGUUCAAAGGACUCACCGGAACAAUAUCAUUCAACGGAACAAGUGAGAGGAGCGAUAGUGAGCUUCAUAUCUGGGAAAUGGGAAUAACAGGUGCAGGACUUCAUACUGGGACCUGGAAAUCCACAUGGGAAGGAUCGAAAGAGCUAACAAUGCUUGCCAAGAACAUUCCCGGAACACAUGAACACUAUCAAGCGUCUGUCCGUGAAUCAAGAACACUCAAAGUGACAUCAAUCCACGAAAAACCAUAUGUAAUUGAGAAGAUAAUGCCGGAUGGACGUGUGAAACAUGAAGGAUUCUGUGUUGACUUGCUUGACAAACUUGCGGAAAUGCUGCACUUCAACUAUACUCUGAAGAUAGUUAAGGACAACAAGUAUGGAGAACGGAAGAAUGGAACAGAUGAAUGGGAUGGAAUGAUUGGAGAAAUAUUGAGAGGAGAUGCUGAUAUGGCAGUGGCCCCGAUCACUGUAACGGCUACACGACUCGAAGUCAUCGACUUCACCGAUCCAUUCCUUCAAUUGGGAAUUUCCAUGCUCAUGAGACAACCGAAUCCGAAAGCGUCUUCAUCGUUGACAAGAUUCUUAUGGCCACUCUCUGCUAGCGUUUGGACUUUUUCCGCCAUUGCAACAGUUCUAACUGCGCUUCUGGUCACUGUUGCAGCUGUUUUAUCCCCAAAAGAAUCAACAACAGAGUUCAAAAUUCAAAACUCUGUCUGGUAUCUAGUAUGCAUUCUGCUUCGAGCUGGAUCAGGAUACAAUUGUCAAGCUGGUGCGACCAGGUUGAUAUCUGCUGUUUGGUGGACGUUCACUUUGGUAUUGAUCGCUCAAUACACCGCUAACUUUGCAGCCCUGCUCACAGUCGACCGAAAAUCUAUGCCAUUCAAUAGUUUCGAAGAGCUUGGAAACCAAACGGAAUACAAUUUUGGAUCGAUUCUCGGAGGGUCAACUAUGCAAUUUUUUAAGUAUUCCAGAAUCGAAACAUUCCGCCGACUUUGGGAGCGAAUGCAGAGUGCUGAGCCAUCGGCAUUUGUGACAACUAACCAUGAAGGAGUGAAUCGAGUUUUGAAUGAGAAGUACGUUUUCCUGAUGGAAUCUGCCACUUUGGAUUAUCAAGUCACUCAAAACUGUAACUUAACCCGCGUGGGGAAUGUGGUUCUUGGUUCAAAUGGAUACAGUAUUGCACUACCAAAAGGAUCCAAAUGGAGGGAAAAGCUGACAAGACAGAUUCUGGAUCUCAAUGAAAAAGGAAUUAUUUUGAUGCUGAAAAAUAACUGGUGGAAGAAGUCUCAACAAGAAUGUCAGUCAAGUGAACCAGAAGAUUUACAAACAGCUCUCGGUGCCGAAAAUGUUUAUGGCCUAUUCCUUCUCCUGGCUCUUGGAAGUGGAAUUGGAGUUCUUUGUGCUGUCCUGGAACACACUCACUUCAUAUUUUUUGAAAAAAACAAGCGUAAUGGACAGACCCCAAAACUACAACAGAUGAUAGAAACGAUCCAUGCUGAAAUUCGUAAUUCACCUAAAUUUUAA